AUGGAUUCCGAUGGGCCAGGGGCCGCCAAGGUUGUGCCCAAACCUGUGCGGCAGAAGAAGGGAGAAGGGGCGGGCGCGGGUGCUGCGGACAAGGCGGAUGCUCCGCCACCGGAGCCGCAUCCUGUGAAAAGAAGGCGUGUGUCUAGAAACAGUGAUGGCUCUGGGGCCAACUCAAGCAAGGAUGAAAAGAAAUGCAAGCGGUGCAAGAAGUUGCGCCUUGUGAGUGACUUCUAUCAGGGCCAAGCGAAUUGCGCGGAGUGCAGCACCAAGCUGCGCACAAUUCGAAACAUUGCCAAGCGGAGCCAGGAGGUUCAGUGGCUAGACAGCUUAGAUGACAGCCAGCUUGACACUUUGCUCGCAGCCUACACAAAAGAGCACGAGGCAGCGAAGAAGGAGCGGUGCAAGUGCACCUUCAACUUGACUCUUUACAAAGAAAAGAGCAUUCGUGCUGCUGGGGUGCGAAAAGAAGUCCGGAAGCGAAUGAUGAGCGAAGAAUGCUUUUAUGAUUUUGCAAAGGGUGCGCAGGGCGGCUCGCUCAGCUCAACACAAGCCCAAAGGAAAUGGGCUGAGUACUUGGCAGACCCCAACACAGUCCAAGAGGGUGAAGGGAGCACCUUGAAGCUGUCCAUCCCUAUUGCCACUGACAUCAUUGAUUACGACGAUAUUUCCAAGCAGAAGGAGCUCGAACGUCAGCAGAAGCUUUCCAAACUCAAUGAAGCUCAGUAUGAAGGUAAGGUGGAUGCAUUGGUUCUUGGAGGUGGCAGGCCAGAUUGCAAGAUGAAUGGCGCAAAGACCAAAGCAGCCCUGGCUGACGACUCUGAUUUGGUGUUGCCGACCCUUUCUGACCUGGCUGCCAAGACCAAGGCCAAAGCGAAAGAAGCUGCUGAGGGUGAGGAUGAGGCCAGGAAGAAGGAUCCUGCUGAUUCUGAAGCUGAAGGUGACACCAAGUGGUUUGACUCUGUGGCGCAACAAGCCAAGGCAGCCCGCCAAUUUAGCAGCAAACUCGCCAAAUCAUCUUUAAAGAUGGUUGCCAUGAUUGGACAAAUGGAGGUUGCCCUAGACUCCGCUCGAGGCUCAGCGGGUGCCACCUCUGCAGGCACAGAGAUGAGGAUUCUUGACAACAGGCUCAAAGCCUUGAGACUCAUCAAGGAUGCUGGGGCAGAGGAAUUUCGGCUGUAUGUUGCGGAGCUCCAUUCAAAGUCACAGGCAGCAAAAUCUGCAGAGACCGUCUCCCACUCAAGCGCAGCUGAUCACCAUCUCGCGCAGGCUGAGGAGUUGAAGGCAAAGUUCAACUCCGUUACCGCCCAAGAGGAGUUGAAUGCCACAUGGAAAGAAGCCAAUCGCAUCAUGUGUCACUGGGAGGAGCUUCUCUCUGCUUGCAGAACAGCUGUCUCAGAGCUCAAGAGAGCGACAGAGGUGAAGUCACAGGGACAGGGCGGUCGUGGCAAGAAUGCCAAAGCAAAAGCCAAAGCUAAGGGCCGGGCCGCGCGAGCCACCUCCAUGUACGAAGUCUUCAGCUAUGACAAGUCCACUGCCAUCGACGUGUAUGAUGUUUGUCCAUUGUCAGCUGACCGUGUGAUGGACACGCCUUUCAUCCUCACGGCGGUGCCUUCCAUCAUGGAAAAGCUCCUAGCGCUCAAAGAGCCUUCUGCAGACGCCCCGGAUGCCACCAAGGUCUACCAAGAAUUGACCAGCUUCCAUGAGAAGUUCGCCAGGAGUGACCUCCGCUUCACCACCGGCAAAGCGCAAAGGCCCAUGAAAGAAGCUGUUGGACAGGUUGUCUCCACCGCGCUGCGAGGUUCUUUGUCGGGACACGAGGUGGUCGAUGCCGGCCACUGGCUGCCGCCCAGAAAAGUGAUCUUGGCCGACCCAGAGAAGAUCGUGACAUUGUUGACCGACCAGAACCACAAGCUGAAGGAGGAAGACCGCGAGAAGGUCACCUAUGCCUCAGCUGUUGCAUUCUUGACCCAUGCCACCCCCAAGGACUUGGAGGACCUUGGUGGUGGCAUCUGGCAAGGAACAUUGAAACCAGGCCAGCUUUUGUGGACGCCCGCUGGCAUGAUCGCCGGAGAGCAGACAAGUGAGUCGGACCACCUUGGCUUGAAGGUUUCAUUGGUGGCAGUGGGUGAGACAGGUGAUAGUCGAGGCAUUGCCACACUGCGCAAGAUGCAAAUGGAGGGGAAGGACCUCAACAAGAAGUCUGACGUGCUGGACGAAAUCUUGUUGGCGGUGGACGCAAAGCAGAGUGAUUUGAAGUUGAAGGCUGCCCCACCUACUGAGGAGAGCCAGAUUGCCACCGCUCUGCAUGAACACGUGGACCCGAAGCUGCUUCCGGGCGAGGGGCAGUUGAUGGAUAAGUCCAAAUUUGACGCAGACGCCUUGAACGAAGACCAUGUCCAAAAUGUUGCUGAAGCACUUUUGGCAACAUACCCAUAUGAACGCUUGGGUAGUGCGUAUUUGCUGGGGGAUGCGUGCUUGCAGCUGAACCACUUGUGGAAUGGAGGCCUCCUAGGCCUAGCUGAGGGGAACCCCAUCAAAGACAAGUCUAUUCGGGAUUGUGCCCUCAAAGAAGGUGAGAAAAUGAAGCGGCUUUUGUCUUACAUUCGAACUUCAGGGUACAAGAACGAUCUUGGUCGUUCUGAUCGGGUCACCUAUUUGAAAACCUUGGCCAACCAGCGGUCGUCAAUGGAUAUCGAUGUCAUCAACCGCACCUUGGAGCUUCUAGGGUUCCUGGUCUGCAGUGGUGGUGUUUGCCGAUUGUCACGUGUAAAAUGUUUUGAACCCUUGGAGCUGGAGGCUUGA